ACAGAAGGCAUGAAGCUUUUCCUUCUUCUCACUCUCUUUGGAGGGGCAGUUGCCCUGGCGGGAGAUGACAAGAUUGUCGGAGGGUAUGAGUGCCCGAAAAAUUCUGUGCCCUACCAAGUGUCUCUCUUCACUGGGUACAACUUCUGUGGUGGGACUCUUCUGUCUGAUGAAUGGGUGCUCUCUGCUGCACACUGCAAACCAAAGUCGAAUGUUGAAGUUCGGCUGGGAGAGCACGACAUCUGGGAACCUGAGGGGACUGAACAGCACAUCAUGUCGGCCAAGUUCAUCCGCCACCCUGACUACAACCCCCGCACGCAGGACAGUGAUAUCAUGCUUAUCAAACUGAGUCGACCCGCUACUCUGAACAGCUUCGUGCGCCCUGCAACUCUUCCUUCAAAGUGUGCCAGUGACGUGACAAUGUGCCAGAUCUCUGGAUGGGGGAGUCUUCGACCCAGUGACGAAGGCUCAAGGUAUCCUCAUAAGUUGCAGUGCCUGGAUGCCCCUCUCCUGAGUGAUGACACAUGCUUUAAUGCAUAUCCUUUCCAAAUCACUGAAAACAUGCUCUGUGCUGGCUAUCUGGAGGGAGGGAAGGACUCCUGCCAGGGUGACUCCGGGGGUCCCAUGAUGUGUGACGGAGAGCUCCAGGGAGUUGUGUCUUGGGGACAUGGUUGCGCUCAGAGAAAGAAGCCUGGGGUGUACACUAAAGUGUGCAAUUACGUCUCCUGGAUCAAGAACACAAUGGCAUCUGGUUGA